CCUCCCACUCGGUUGAAGAUGGCGGAAGGAGCCGAAGUUGACGUCAGGCGGUGGCGAGGGGAAGCGGAGGAACAAGAAGGCAGAGCAAUGGCGACCCUGGAGCGGAAAGUGCCGAGUCCCGAGGCCUUCCUGGGCAAGCCCUGGUCCAGCUGGAUCGACGCUGCCCGAGUGCAAUGUGCGGACAAUCCAGAAUCAGAGGACACUGGAAAAGAGAGCUCAAAGAACAGAGAGGUGAUGAGGCUCAAUAAAGAAGGUAAGGAUGGCACACUGAUGCUAAAGACAACAACACAACAUUGUCCUGCAAUUGCAAAGUGA